AUGCUGUCUGUGGACAACCUGGAGGACGCGUAUGGCCUGUCAGAGGCCUUCAGCGCCCCCAACCUGGCCAAGCGCUGCGUCCUCUUCACGCUGCAGCACUACGCCGACCUGGUGGCCAGGUUUGGCGCGGACGGCUACUCCCAGAUGAUGUCCCGCAUGGUGCCGCAGUUGAGGGCGGGCCUGGUGGAGGACCUGCAGGCUGCGGCCGACGCGGCGGCGGCGGAGGCGGCGGAGGCGGCCGCGGCGGCGGAGGCGGCCGGGGAGGAGGAGGGGAUGAUGGUGGACGCGGCUGCGCUGGAGCAGCACCCGGCGUGGCGGAUGGCGCUGGACAACAAUGCGGAGGGCGUGCGCGGCGUCGCGCCGCCAGGCGUCGGCGGUGGUGGUGACGGGCAGCCGCAAGUGCUCAUCGGCGGGGCAGGCGGCGGCGUGGUGGUGCAGCAGCUGCUGCUCGGCGGCCGCGGGGGUGCAGGUGGCGGCGGCGGCGGGGGCGGAGGAGGAGCCCAACGGCAGCAGCAACAGCCGCAGCAGCAGCAGCCGCAGCAGCAGCAGCAGCAGCAACAGCAGCAGCAGCAACAGCACCGGCGGGCGCCCACGUAG